GGGGCCACGAGCGGGGCGGACGGACGUGCCCGGAGCUUGUGUGAGGUGACAGGACAAAGAUGCUGAACUUAAGGACUUGUGUGGCAAAGCUGAGGCCCUUGACAGCCUCUCAGACUGUAAAGACUCUUCCCCAGCACAGGCUGGCAGCACCCAGGACGUUUGCACGCAUCAGGUGCUACAGUGCACCGGUGGCUGCAGAGCCUUUUUUAAGUGGGACUAGUUCAAACUACGUGGAGGAAAUGUACUAUGCUUGGCUGGAGAACCCCAAAAGUGUCCAUAAGUCGUGGGACAUCUUCUUCCGCAACGCCAAUGCCGGAGCUGCUCCAGGCACCGCUUACCAAAGCCCUCCCCCACUCAGCUCCAGCCUCUCCUCCCUGUCCCAAGCCCAGUUCCUGGUUCAGGCACAGCCCAACGUAGACAAGCUGGUGGAGGAUCAUCUGGCAGUGCAAUCCCUCAUCAGGGCCUACCAGGUCAGGGGCCACCACAUUGCAAAGCUGGACCCCCUGGGCAUUAGUUGUGUAAAUUUUGAUGAUGCUCCCCUCACCGUCUCUCCAAACGUCGAUCUUGCAGUAUUCAAGGAGCGGCUGAGAGUGUUAACAGUAGGAGGUUUUUACGGGCUGGACGAGUCUGACCUGGACAAAGUUUUCCACCUGCCCACAACCACUUUCAUCGGUGGGAAUGAGUCUGCUCUGCCCCUGCGGGAAAUCAUCCGCCGGCUAGAGAUGGCUUAUUGCCAGCACAUUGGUGUGGAGUUCAUGUUCAUCAACGACCUGGAGCAGUGCCAGUGGAUCCGGCAGAAGUUUGAGACCCCUGGCAUCAUGCAGUUCACCAACGAGGAGAAGCGAACACUGCUGGCCCGGCUGGUGCGCUCCACCAGGUUUGAGGAGUUUCUCCAUCGGAAAUGGUCUUCAGAGAAGCGUUUUGGUCUGGAGGGCUGUGAGGUGCUGAUCCCAGCCUUAAAGACCAUCAUUGAUAAGUCAAGUGAGAAGGGAGUGGAUUAUGUGAUCAUGGGGAUGCCCCACAGGGGCCGCCUGAAUGUGCUUGCCAAUGUGAUCAGGAAAGAACUGGAGCAGAUCUUCUGCCAGUUUGACUCCAAGCUGGAGGCUGCUGAUGAGGGCUCUGGGGAUGUGAAGUACCACCUGGGGAUGUACCACCGGCGGAUCAACCGCGUCACCGACAGGAACAUCACCCUGUCCCUGGUGGCAAACCCCUCCCACCUGGAGGCAGCUGACCCUGUUGUGCAGGGCAAGACCAAGGCAGAGCAGUUCUACUGUGGGGACACGGAGGGGAAGAAGGUGAUGUCCAUCCUGCUGCAUGGGGACGCUGCCUUUGCGGGGCAGGGCAUCGUGUAUGAGACCUUCCACCUGAGUGACCUGCCCUCCUACACCACCCAUGGCACUGUCCACGUGGUGGUCAACAACCAGAUUGGCUUCACCACAGACCCCAGGAUGGCUCGCUCCUCCCCGUACCCCACCGAUGUGGCCCGUGUGGUCAACGCCCCUAUCUUCCACGUCAACGCCGAUGACCCCGAGGCCGUCGUCUAUGUCUGCAAUGUGGCAGCAGAGUGGAGAAGCACCUUCCACAAGGAUGUGGUGGUGGACUUGGUGUGCUACAGACGCAAUGGUCACAACGAGAUGGACGAGCCCAUGUUCACCCAGCCCCUGAUGUACAAGCAGAUCCGGAAGCAGAAGCCUGUGCUGCAGAAAUACGCAGAGCUGCUCAUUUCCCAGGGAGUGGUCAAUCAACCAGAAUAUGAGGAGGAGAUUGCCAAGUAUGAUAAGAUCUGUGAGGAGGCCCAUGCCAGGUCCAAGGAUGAGAAGAUUUUGCACAUCAAGCACUGGCUGGACUCACCCUGGCCUGGUUUCUUCACUCUGGAUGGGCAACCACGGAGCAUGAGCUGCCCCUCCACUGGGCUGAACGAGGAGGACCUGACACACAUUGGGCAAGUGGCCAGCUCGGUGCCCGUGGAGGAUUUCACUAUCCAUGGAGGUUUGAGCCGAAUCCUGAAGACCCGUGGGGAGAUGGUGAAGAACCGGACAGUGGACUGGGCUCUGGCAGAGUACAUGGCCUUUGGCUCCCUGCUGAAGGAGGGCAUCCACAUCCGCCUGAGCGGCCAGGACGUGGAGAGGGGCACCUUCAGCCAUCGCCACCACGUCCUGCACGACCAGAACGUGGACAAGAGGACCUGCAUCCCCAUGAACCACCUCUGGCCCAACCAGGCUCCCUACACCGUCUGCAACAGCUCCCUCUCAGAGUAUGGCGUCCUGGGAUUCGAGCUGGGCUUUGCCAUGGCCAGCCCCAACGCCCUGGUGCUGUGGGAGGCGCAGUUUGGGGACUUCCACAACACUGCUCAGUGCAUCAUCGAUCAGUUCAUCUGCCCCGGGCAGGCCAAGUGGGUGCGGCAGAAUGGCAUCGUCUUGCUGCUUCCCCAUGGCAUGGAGGGCAUGGGUCCCGAGCACUCCUCUGCCCGCCCCGAGCGGUUCCUGCAGAUGUGCAACGACGACCCUGACGUCUUCCCUAAGGUGCUGGAUGACUUUGACGUGCGCCAGCUCUACGACUGCAACUGGAUCGUGGUGAACUGCUCCACUCCUGCCAACUUCUUCCACGUCCUGCGGCGCCAGAUCCUGCUGCCCUUCCGCAAACCGCUCAUCAUCUUCACUCCAAAGUCACUGCUGCGCCACCCUGAAGCCCGCUCCAGCUUUGACGACAUGCUGCCAGGCACCCACUUCCUCCGUGUCAUCCCUGAGAGUGGCCCUGCGGCGCAGUGCCCUGAUCAGGUGCAGCGGCUGCUGCUCUGCACUGGCAAGGUCUACUACGACCUGACCCGUGAGCGCAAGGCACGGCAGAUGGAGGGCACCGUGGCCAUCACCAGGGUGGAGCAGCUCUCGCCCUUCCCCUUUGACCUGCUGCAGCAGGAGGCUGAGAAGUACCCAGCUGCGGAGCUGGUGUGGUGCCAGGAGGAGCACAAGAACCAGGGCUACUAUGACUACGUCAAACCCCGGCUGCGCACCACCAUAAACCGCGCCAAGCCCGUCUGGUAUGCAGGGCGGGAGCCAGCAGCUGCCCCUGCCACCGGCAACAAGAAAACUCACCUGACGGAGCUGCAGCGGCUCCUCGACACGGCCUUCAACCUCGACGCUUUCAAGGGCCUGGCCUGAGUGCCAGCCUGCUGCUGGCAGCACAGUCCCGUCUGUGUCUGUCCCUUGCUGGUCUCUCCUCCUCCCUCCUCAACUACAGACCCCGUCAAACCCUACGCUGGU